GAGAGAGAGAGAAUUGGUGGUGGUGGUGGUGGUGUGGGUGGUGUUAUAAAGGUUGGGAGGGAAGCGGCGGAGAAGGAGAAGGGGAAAGGGAUGGAGGCGAUAGUGGAAGAAUGUUUCUGCAACAAGGAAGAAACCCUACUAACGGUGCUAAAGACUUCGGUGUUCUUUGCAGGAGAUGGAUUCGCGGUGUAUGACCCCAUGGGACAGCUAUUGUUCCGAGUUGAUAGCUAUGGGGGGCCCGAUAACAAAGACGACAGGAAUGAGCUCUUCCUUAUGGAUGCCUCUGGCAAAUGCUUGCUCACCGUCCGCCGUAAGAGGCCGAGCCUUCACAAUCGAUGGGAAGGGUUUAUUGGAGAGAAAGAGGAGGGUGAUAAGCCAAUAUUCAGUGUGAGGAGGUCAUCCAUCAUCGGAAGCUCAAGUGUGACCGUAGAGGUGUACAAUAAGCGCAAUGAGUGUGAGUACCUGCUGAUAGAGGGCUCAUUCUCCCGGCGCUGCUGCACUGUGUACAAGAGUGCUUCCAGAGAAGCAGUUGCAGAGAUCAAACGCAAAGUCGCAACAAGUUCUAUUGAUGAUCAUGAUCAUGUGAUGCUUGGGAAGGAUGUCUUUUGCCUCUGUCUAAUGCCCCGCUUUGAUUCUGCAUUUGCUAUGGGUCUUGUAUUGGUUCUCGAUCAAAUUGCGGGAGAACCACCUUUUGGAGAUGGAGAAGAACAACUCCUCCCCACAUCUCCUACCUCGUGAUUUUGUUGUUGUGGUUGUUGGUGGUGGUGCUAUUUCCCCCUCUCUCUAUUUUUAUUUAUUUGCUUAUCCUGAAGCUGGAAUGUGCUGCUGGUUCGAUUUUGCCAAGCUUUACGGCAUGCAAUGUUUCUUUAACUCCAUUUUCUUUUUUCUCCACAUUGUUUUGCUUGUAGGUUAGUUAUAAAAUUGUGAUGCUCGUCACAUUGACCAUGAAACGAGUGCUCAAAUCAUCGAUUAUACAAGGACAUUUUGCAAUUUUUGUGUAUGCUACUGAGAGGU